AUGCGCCCGUCACGACACGAUAUCUGCUCGGACGAUGUUCUGCCUAAGAAUUCGAGUGACAAUGGGCUGAUACCAACAGCCAGGAAAGUGACACCUAACACCGAUGGUGUUGAAAGAGAGCAUCUCGAUGUAGAGGAGGCUGUGAAUCUGAUACACCAAUCUUUGGGAUCGGAUAGGUGGUCAAGUGAGAUUAGAAAUAUCAACGUCGACUUCGCCGAUUCAGAUCCAAACACAGGACGGACAUCAGUGGGAGUGUCGAUAAUCAUUCGGAUAACACUCGCAAACGGCACCUUCCACGAGGGUUCUACAUUGCCCGAGCAAUGGUACACAUGGAGGAAAUCGCCCUCGUACAAGUUUCCUCUUAUUUUAAUCCCGGGCACCGAUAUCGAUACCACCGGACAUGAUGUCGUGCAGGCGACUCAUACUCCAGAUAUCGCGUUUCGCCACGAGGAAGAUGCAUUGCCUGGCACCAUCAUUGAAGUAACAUACUCUCAAGCACAAAGGGAUCUUAGAAGGCUAGCAUACACCUACUUGGUGCUCUCGAAUGCAACGGUGCAGGUAGUUUUGGGCUUCGAUCUCAAAGGCAGGCCCACCCAGAGGGCGACCUUCUCAGUCUGGCGGAACAAAGACGAGGGUGACGUGCUGAGUAUGGUCACCACAGACUAUGAUCAUGAGUUUCGUAACACCAAUGGCGGUCCUUCAAGUCACGAACCACUACGUAUUCGACUCCAAGACUUUGUGAUGGACGACACUGUACAAGAGAUGUUAGGUGACGAUGAUGCGGAGCUGUCUAUCACCAUGGAUCGACUCUGCAGCUUUCUUUCAACGGCAUAG